GCUGCCAUAAUGCUCCAUUUGUUUAUCGAGCCCUGGUUUGGGAGAUAUAGUUAUAAUAUUAACGGCUAUUAAAAACUUAAGCCACAAAACCAGCUUAUAUGCAUGCAGGGCAGCAUCCUGAACAGGAAGCAAGAAGGAAAUGUAACAGUGGGCAAUCUUCGUGGUUCACAGUAACUGUGAGGAUCUGAAGCAGCAGCAGCAGCUCAGACUGUCAAGUUUUUAAGUUGAAAGCAGUUUCUGGAUGUCUGCUGCAGGGGAAGCUAGUGAUGUGGCGUACAGCUUGGCCGAGGAGCAGGACUUCCAGCAGGUCCUGAACAUCUGCAGCGGUGAUGCCUUCGAUGGACUGGACUACAUGGCUGCUACUUUCCACCGCUGGCUGCAGGAGCCUGGACGUCUCGUCUUCAUCGCCCGGAUAAAGAACAGAGUGGUGGCGCUGGAGUCUGCGCUGCUGGUUGACGGCAGUCAGACGGUUGUAUUUCAGGGACUCAGGGUGGCACCUGAUUUGAGAGGCUGUGGCAUCGGCGGCGCCCUCCAGAAGCACGUGACUGACUACAUCCGCUACCACUACCCACAAGUCUCUGCUGUCAGGCUGAGCCGAGGUGACCAGCCUUCACCACAAACUUUGGACAAGUACCGACUCGUAGCUAAGGAGGCCAUUUUGUCUCUGUGCUGCGAGGCUGCCGACCUUAGCCUCUUUGUUGCUGAGCUUCACUCCAGAAUCUCGCCGUCUCAACACGACCCAGUGACCCUUACCCAGCAGCAGGCGGAGACUCUCAUCCUGACCGACUACGUGGUUUCCAACCUGCUGCCCGGUAAAACCAUCAUCAAUGAUUGGGAGCCUCUGAAGCCCUUGGAGGCCAACCUGGAGGUGCUGCGCCGCAGGGGGCUGAUAUGGAUUGUAGACUGUGAGUUUGAGCCCACAGUCAUGAGCCUGUGCAGCCCGCCCUAUCCUGUCCCCUACCGCCAUGACGCCCUGCACUUCAACAUCAAUAUCUUCGGCCGCAGUUUGGCUUCAGUGUGCGCAGUGUUUCUGGCUCAGCUCGAAGCUUUGCUGCCAACUCUCCAAGGAUGCCUGAUCUUCUACACCUAUGUUGACCCGACGGUUUGGCCGGGGUUACGCCAGAUCUGCCAAAACAACAGCAACGUUUUGUUCUUUAAAGACUACUGGGAGGAGCUCGUACUGGAGAAAGACAUCUGAAUGGCCUCAGCAUCACUGCUUUUACAUCAGUGGUGAAGGAAGUACUCAGAUCCUUUACUUGAGUAAUAGUAGCAAUAACGCAAUUAAGUCCUCCAUUUAAAAUUCUAUUUGAGUAAAACUAUGGAAGUUUACCAGCAAAGUGUACUCAAAAUAGCAAAAGUAAAAUUAUUUUUAUGGAAAAUGGCCCAUUUCAGAUUAGAUCCAGGUUAAAUUAUGGAUCCCAAAGGUCCCGAAAGAUAAUAUUUCUUUCAUCGGUUGUGCACAAUUAGUUUUGUUAUAGGACGACUUGCAACUUUAUCCUUCUUCUUAGUACAUGGUGACCUGAUGUAAAUCCAAACAGAGCUCUGCACAACUCCAACCUGAACAGAUCAACCCAGUCACAUAACUGAAAACAUCUGUAUGGGUGUGCAUAGCCUUUAUCUUGCGGUUUAUCAGGGGUUCCUGAAGGAGUUGCAUGGGCCCUUGAGUGGUUUUAAAGGGGUCGGAGUUCCUCUAGAGUAGGAUCAUUUGAUCUAGAGGGGUUACAAGGGGUCAUGCAGUAUUCAACUGGUCCUUUCUAGGUUUAAAGGCUUCCUAAUGGGAUUCCAGAGGUUUUGUAUGGGAGUUCAGGGUCCUAAAUAGCCU